AUGAUUGCUGCUACUACUGCUACUAAUGAUAUUGAUGAUGAUAAUGAUGAUAUCACCACCAAAUCCUCACCUCCUCCUGCACAUUUCUCCUUCGGUCCUCAUCUCCUCCUCUUCCUGCACAUUUCUCCUCCAGCCCUCCUCCUCUUCCUGCACAUUUCUCCUUCAGUCCUCAUCUCCUCCUCUUCCUGCACAUUUCUCCUCCAGCCCUCCUCCUCUUCCUGCACAUUUCUCCUUCAGUCCUCAUCUCCUCCUCUUCCUGCACAUUUCUCCUUCAGUCCUCAUCUCCUCCUCUUCCUGCACAUUUCUCCUCCAGCCCUCCUCCUCUUCCUGCACAUUUCUCCUUCAGCCCUCCUCCUCUUCUUGCACAUUUCUCCUUCAGUCCUCAUCUCCUCCUUCUCCUACACAUUUCUCCUUCAGUCGUCCUCCUCUGCACAUUUCUCCUUCAUUCCUCCUCCUCCUACACAUUUCUCCUUCAGUCCUCCUCCUCUGCACAUUUCUCCUUCAGUCCUCACCUCCUCCUCCUCGUUUCUUCUUCAGUCCUCACAGCCAUCUCCUCCUCCACAUUUCUUCUUCAUUCCUUACCUCCUCCACAUUUCUUAUUCAUUCCUUACCUCCUAUACAUUUCUCCUUCAGUCCUCAUCCUCCUCCACAUUUCUUCUUCCAUCCUCACCUCCUCCUCCUCAUUUCUCUUUUAUUCCUCACCUCCCUCUCCACAUUUUUCUAAUCUUCCUCUGUAUUAUUCCUUCAUAUUUCUCCUUCAUUUCAUACUUUUUCAUCUAUUUAUUAUUCCUUCAUUCCUAUCUCCACCUUUACAUUUCUUCUUCAUUCCUUAUCUCCUUCUCCCCAUUUUUCAUCUCUCUUCUUAUUUUUCUCUUUUUAUCUCAUAUAUUUUUUCUGGAACUCUAA